UGACUUGCAAAAGAAUUGUUGAGUUUUCUUGAUUUUUGAAUUUUUUUUUAUAAUUUCAUCAUAAUUUCAUUAAUGUACUAAAUUUAACAUCAAAGAAGAUUUACAAAUCAUAUUCAAUACAUUUUAAUGGAAUUAGAAGGUGCCGAACAGGAGAAAAUCUGCGAAUCUUUUAUCAAAUUGACUGGCGUCGACCAACAGCAGGCAAAAUUUUUCCUGGAAUCUGCUAAUUAUAAUUUCGAACUUGCAGUUCAACAAUUUUAUGAAAAUAGUGAAGAUAUCAUACAACCGCAACAACAAUUGGAUACUUCAAAUUCCGAACAAGAAAUCGAAACUAUAGACAUCACACCAGAUAUGUCGGAUGACGAUUCCAAUUCAAAUAAACCGGUUCAAAAACCGAAUACAUCUCGUGAUUCGAAUAUUGCAACAUUGUCAUCAAUCAGAGAUGAUAGUGAUCCUGGUGGUCAGGCAUUUUAUGCCGGUGGUUCCGAACAUUCUGGUCAACAAGUAUUAGGACCACAGAAAUCGAAUCGUGAUCCCGAUAAUAUUGUUUCAGAAAUGUUUAAACAAGCUCGUGAACACGCUAUUUCAGAAGAGGAAUUAAAUGCGAGUAAAAAACCAGGUAAAUCAAUAUUCAGUGGUAUUGGUGCUACACUUGGAUCAGCUACUGAAAUUUCUCGUAAAAUUUUCGGCGGUUCAUCUACUAGCCGCCAAUCAGCUGCUCAUUCUGACGAUUCAGAUGAUUCGAAUCGUGAUACAACAUUGAAAUUAUGGCGUGAUGGAUUCAGUAUUGAUGAUGGUCCACUUCGAUCAUAUCAAGAUCCAUCCAAUGCUGAAUUUUUAGCAUCCAUUCGUAGUGGUCAAAUUCCUCGUGAAUUAUCACGUGGAGGAAGAUCAGAAGUUCAUCUAAAAAUGGAAGAUCAUCGUACUGAAGAAUAUCAACCACCUCCGAAAAAACCAGCUAAACCAUUUACCGGGGAAGGACAACGUUUAGGAACACCGGCAAGUGAAAUAAUAUCACAAGUUAGCCAAUUUGCAACAUCAGAUCCAGUUUCUCGAGAACAAGCUUUAGAAUCGGCUAAUGCAUAUUUACGAUUCGAUAGCUCACAGCCACAUACACGAGUACAAAUCAGAUUGGCUGACGGAUCAAGACUCGUUCCACAGAUUAAUACCGAUCGUCUGAUAUCAGAAUUACGUCAAUAUAUUUGUUUGGCUCGUCCAGAAUACGGCGCAUCACAAUUUGUAUUGAUGACAACUUUUCCCAAUAAAGUUAUUGAAGAUGAAUCUGUAACCAUCAAAGAUGGUGGUCUAUCUAAUUCAUCAAUUGUUCAACGAAUCAAAAAUGAUUGAUAAAUUUUCUUUACAAAAAAAUAAAAUAAUGUAUUGAAUUUUUCAAA